AUGUUCUCCCAAUUCUCGGCCAGCUCCUCCUCCACUGCCCCUGUCGCCGUCCGUGGCGUCAAGAGACAGGCACUCGAAAGUGUGAUCGAGUCGAAGAAGGCGAGAAUUGUGGAGGAGGAGGAGGAGGAGGAGGUGAUUGUGGUGCCAGAGGCCGACGUCGAAGUGGAAGUGAGCACCGAGGAGGACGAGGACGAGGACGAGGUGCUGGCGACGAGAUGCGGAAAGAGAUGUGAGUUUUUCGUCUUGAUUUUGACCCUUUGGCCCCGAUCCACCAAUCAAUAAUCUCAAAAUCAAUAAUCUCAAAAUAUUUGCAGUGACGGUGCUGUCGCCGCUCGGAGAGGGCACAUUUGGCCGAGUGAUGAUGGUGGCCGAUGAAGAGGUACGUCGUGUUUCCCCCCAAUUUUCAGUUUUUCCUCAUCCAUUCCGUUUCAGGGCUUCAAAACAGCGCUCAAGAUGUUCAAGAAGGAGGUGCCCGAGGCGGCGCAAGUGUGGCAAGAAGAAAUUGAGGUUAGUUUCAAAUAUCAUCAUCAUCAUGGCUUUUAAUAAACACUUAUAAUUGUUUCAGAUGAUGCGCUUCAUCUCACGCCACAACCACGUCAACCUGGUGAACCUGGUCUGCGCGGGCCAGUUGAGGGAGUCGGGCAGUUCGCUCGCCGACUGCACCGACUUCUUCAUCCAGAUGCCGCUGCUCGGUCCCUCGUUGCUCGAGGUCGUGCGGCGGGCCGAGCGGUUCGACAGGGACGCGUGGCACGUGUUCCCGGUCGCCGCGAUCCGCGAGGUCGGUCGCCAAAUCGUGGCCGCAUUGAGCAAGUUGGAGGAGCUGGGACUGGUGCACACGGACGUCAAGCCGGAGAACAUCUUCUUCGACGCCGCCAAUCUGGAGGUGGGCGCGGAGAAGGCGGGCGACACUCCGUUCUACAAAUUGGAGUGCGGCGACCUGCACAUCCGUGUCGGCGACUACGGAAACGCCCAGCGGUUCGUGGCCGGCCAACAGCACGUCGAGCAGAUCCAGACGCAGAACUACCGGGCGCCCGAGGUCUUCAUGGGCCUCCCGUUCACGGCGACCAGCGACGUUUGGUCCGUCGGUUGCACGUUGUGCGAGAUGUACACCGGCGAUUUGAUGUUCUACGGUGACAACGGUGAGGACGAGGAGCCAUUUCAGUUCCAUCUCAUGUUGGCCGUCAUGGAGGAGAAACCCACCCGGAGGAUGUGGUCACACGCGAAAAAGUUGAAGUGAGUUUGCUUUUUUUUUUUACAUCGCCACGGUCUCGCUGCAUUUUUUACGUCAAAACACCCUAAUCAAGAGCGUUGGGAGUGAAAUUUGUGCUUUGCGCAAAAUUGACGACGAAAAAUCGAUAAUUGCUCAUAGAAAUUGUUCAAAAAGGACGUGUUUUCAGAAGCACCGAAAGUAAAAUGCUGAAGGAGAAGGCGCGAAUGAUGAAGAAGAAGAUGAAGAAGGUGAAGACGUUCCGUGAGAUGCUGCGAACCGACGAGAACGAGCCGGGAGCCGGGGAGCUGUUCGAUGCCAUCAAGCGAAUGCUCCGAAUCGAUCCGAACGAUCGGCCGACGCUGAAAAUUUUAAGCAAGGUGCCGAUUUUUAAGUGAUUGAUUGUUUUAAUUUAUUUUUCUAGAUUUCCCCUUUAGAAUGAACAUUUUUAUAUUGAAAUAGUGUUGCUUUCCGCAAAAAUUAAAUGAGCAUGUUGCAAUUGCGCUCUACUGCACUUUGCCGUUAAAUUCGAAACUUUUCACGAAAUCUACUCAUUUUCCGCUUUUCUAUUCUAAAACUUCUUCAAAUAGUUCAACUACAAGUGAUUUUAUCGUGAAAAUCAAAAAAAUUGAUCGAUUUUGCAAAAAUUCGUAUGUUUUCUAUUGAAAAUCGUAUUUCUCUCCGAUUUGCUCGAAAAAUCAGUUGAAUUGCCGUUUUUCGCACAUUUUCGCGAUUUUCGUAACAUUUUUCAUGUCUCUAACGCAAGAUUGCCAACUUGUUAGAGAUUACACCAUUUCUUCGUGUUUCUGCGACUUUUUCCGCAAUUUUAUUGCCUGUUCUCGAUUACAAACGAAUUUUAUUGAUUUUCAGAACGACGGAAUGGAAAAGGGCUGA